UGUGUAUAAUACCUCUAAUAAUGGGAAUUAAAACACUUGUACAAUUUGGCAAUUAAGAUAAACCAUCUAAGGAAUAAUUAAACUUACAACACUAAGCCAACGAAAAACCAUUUAAAAGCGCUUAAACCAAACGACAUAAACUGCAGUCUUAAUAGAACCAUUUAACAGAACUAAACUAAACUAAGUGCUCGGUGUUUUAAAGGAGACAAAAAAUGAUGCGUGUACGUGAUGUGGUUGAGGAAUAUUUACAAAAUUCCACAUUGCAUGGGGCACGUUUUAUAGUGGAUAAAGAGUCAACCUGGAUGGAGAAGACAUUUUGGGGUUUGUGUCUGUUGGCUUCGUGGUUUGCCUCGUGGAAAUUGAUAAAAGUGUCAUUGGCUGCCUUUGAAAAUAAUGCCAUUAGCUUUGGUGUAGAAUCCAGCUAUCGCGACUGGGAAACAAAUUUCCCAGCCAUAGUGGUGUGUGAAUCAAAAAAUAUGGAUAGAAUACAAGAAGUGGCGGAACAGCUGUGGGGUGCGGAUCAUGAUUUUACCUUGGAAGAAGUUCUUAGUGAAAUAGCUUUCUUCCGUGGUGAAUCGUAUCACACAGUUCAUGAGUGUGGUGGAGAGGAACCUUCAGAGAAUUGUUUCUAUUCGAAUUUUUCCUAUUAUGCCCAGUUGGUGCGCAGCAGCUGUGAGAAUACUAUUAAGAAUUGUUUGUGGAAUAAUAAACCUUUUGAGUGCUGCAAAUAUUUUCAACGUAUGGAGACAGAGUUGGGUCUCUGUUAUGCCAUAAAUUCAUUGCAAGCUGGGAGAAAUAAUGGCCCCAAAUUAAAUAUGUGGUCUAAUCGUUACACUGGUCCGGGAGCCUUGAAAAUGGAUAUUUACACAGAGGCUGUGGUCUUCAUUUUAGGCGAAGAGGAGGUGCCUACUUUAGUAACACCCAAAACCGAUUAUUUAGUGGUGGGUCCUUACAUUUCCUUUGUACGCCACAUUUCCAAACGUGACAUUCAAAACGAUGAACAAAUUCGUGCUACUAGUGUCUCGCAACGUAAUUGUCGUUUCAACGAUGAAAACAAUUUGGAUGUGCAUCGUUAUUACAGUUACAGUGCAUGUACCGUGCAAUGUCGCAAAGACAAGCAAUUGGAAUUGUGUAACUGUUCCAGUCAUUUGUCACCCAAUACACCCAGUUCCCAGAAAUGCAAUAUGGAUGGUUUGGAGUGUCUCAAUCGCAACUAUGAGGAUUUAUCUGUUAUUAUAGCAAAGUGGUCCAAGGGACGCAAGGGAUUGGUGUGUGAUUGUUUGCCCUCCUGUACAGAGGUGGAUAUUACAACAGUGGUGGAUAGUAAGGAGAAUAUCUAUAAUCAAAAUCCUGUUUCAAAGGUAGAAAUUGCUUUGGUGGAAUUACCCACCGAACGUUAUAAACGUAAUGUGGUUAGAGGCAAAUUGGAUUUAGUGGUAUCUAUUGGUGGCACUACUGGCUUGUUUGUGGGUGCCAGCCUUUUAAGUUUUGUGGAAAUCUUCUACUACAUCACCAUACGUCCCUACGGCAGCAUGUUGUACGAGAAACGUUUAGUGCGUCAGCAAUUACAGCAAACUGUUUCCUAAUUGAUCGAGGGGGAUUGGGUUUUGCAAACUUAUCUCUAUGAUCUUGACUUUGUUUAUGUGUGUCGU